GUAAGUGCGAUCAGAUGGCCGCGACUUCGCUUUGACGCUGUGCAACACUCGUUGGGGAAGUAGCUUGAGGACCCUCAGCAAUGGCCCAAGCACAGCAGCAGACGGCGAAGGCUAUCAGGGCGCUAGCCCAGAAGCCCGAGAACAAGCGUUGCUUUAACUGCGACUCGCUGGGCUGCGCGUAUGUCGUGCCAGCGUUCAACGUCUUCGUGUGCACGGAAUGCUCAGGAAUCCACAUGAAGGUUGGGCACCGGGUCAAGUCCAUCAGCAUGGGCACAUUUACGGCGGAGGAGGCCCGCGCCCUUGAGGCAGGCGGCAACGCGGUGGCCGCCCGGUCCUGGCUGGCGAACUGGAGGCCGGAGGGUGACGCCCGAAAGCCAGUGGACAAGAACGCGCGGAAGCUGGACGCCUGGGUGCGGACCGUGUUCCUGGACAAACGCUAUUUUGGCGCUGCGCCGCCGCAGCCAGCGGGCGGUGCUGCAGCAGGCGUCGGUGGCGUGGGCUCACCAGGGCAGGCGUCCCGGUCGGGUGACACAGAUAACAUCCCGGUGCGGCCGCUCACGGACGUGCUGGGUAACGGCUCCGGGUCGGUCAAGCUUACGGUGAGCCCCACGCCCUCGCUCGGCGGCUCGGGGGCUACCAGCACCAGCACAACGUCGCCGCCACCGGCUACCCAUCCGGCAGCCACGGCCGCGCCCAAGCCAGCUGCGCCGCUUGCCUUCACCGACAACGCCUUCGGGGACGCACCCGCUUUUCCGGCAGCAGCGGCGCCUCGCGCCACGCCCGCUCAUGCUGUCGCGCCACCGGCGUUUGACCCCUUUGGCUCCUACGUGCCUGCGGCCGCCUCGCCUGCAACGGCCGCUCCAGCAGCUGCACCGGCGCCACAGCACGCGGCUCCGGUGGCGGCAGCCAGUGGCUGGCCGCCGGAGCAGGCGCCAGCAUGGCCGAACAGUGCGCCGGCAGCACACGCGAGUACCGGCGCCGCGGUUUCCGCGCCUGCGGCGCAACUACCGCCACCGCCUCACCACCACGCACACGCGCACCCGCAUUCGCACACCCAAAACCACCUGCACCAAGCGGCGCCGCAGGCUGCUGCGCCCACGCUGGCAGCAGCCCAAGCGGCGCCCGCGGCAGCACCGUCUUCGGCUAACGGUGGCUUCGCAGACGACGCGGACUGGGGUGCUUUCUCGGGUGCUCCGGCACCUGCCGCGGCGACGUCGCACGCCGCACACGCGGCGACACUGUCCACUAGCUCCGGCGGCGCAGCUGCGCAGGCGCACGCCCCCGCGCCGGCGCACGCGCCGGCGGCAUUGCACACACCAGCGGCAGCAGCACCUGCCCAUACCGCCGCGCCUCCGCCUCCGCCUCCGCCGCCCUCGCCGCCUCCGCCGCCGGCCGCGCCGCGCGCGGAGCUGCCCAGUGACCUGUUCAGCGAGCCUGUCAUGCAGCACCCGGUGGCGCUGGCGGGGCCGGCUGUGGCAGUGGUUGCAUACGGCAUUGCCCCGGGCGGCCUGGUGCCGGGGGGGUACGGCGUGGGCGUGCCGCAGCAGGCGCCGUACGGUGCGGUGGCGGCGGCGGCGGCUCCAGCGCAGCCGCACCCGGGUGCCAUGCCCCUUCAAGGCGGAGCGCCGGCGGGGUAUCCCUUCCCGGGCGCCGGUGCGGCGCAGGCCGAGUUUCCGGGAUUGGGGGUGAGUUACGGCGUGCCGGGCAUGGCCGCAGCGGCUGCGCCUCCGGCCGCUGCUCAGGGCUAUGGGCCGUACACAGCGGCGCCUGGGGCGUUCAACUUCGCGCAGGUGGGGCAAGCGCUGCCGACGGCGGCGGCGCCCGCUGCGCCUCCGGGGGCGGCGAACGGGAAUCCGUUUGCAUGAGGCAGCAGCGUGCACACAAGGGACCUGUCGGCGCAUGAUUACGGUGUAGGAGAGUCUUGGGCAUUUGGUGUGUGUGCCCCUGUGUGCCUGGUGUGUAUGCAUACGGUCUGAUGGGCAGGGCGCAUGGGUGGUGUGGAGUAUGGGCAGGUAAAAAUAUAUAUGGUGGAAUUGAGUGUGUCGACCGAUGGUGCACAGCGUUGAAACGUCCUGGCAUAGCUCAUCAGUUGACGCCACUGGCAGGUACCGACGCGCACGUAACAGGGACUGCAUGUGUAGGCGCUGGGCUGGUGGAGUUCAAGUCGGAUGCGUUGCGUUCAAGUUGCGCAUGGCGCUGUACGGACUGCCAUGGUUAGAACGGAUACCGAACGCAGGGGGGGCGUGGCAGUACGUCGACGCUUGGGCAGAAGCAGGGCGGGGCCCAUGGAUGGGCCUGGCCUGGGGUUUUGACAGCGUCCCAGACUGAGGCGUUUCUCUCAACAGUGCUUGUGGAAGGCUCCUGUGCGACGCAAUUUGUGCAAGACAAUUUAUUUCGAAGG